AUGGCGCUGCUGGUGCUGGUGGCGUUCUUGGCCUUCCCCCAACCAGGACUAGAAGAAGUAAGAAUAGUGGGUGGCGAAGAUAUAGACAUAAGCGAAGCGCCAUAUCAAGUGUCACUAAUGUACAGAGGACGACACAGUUGCGGUGGUACCAUAGUUGCCAAUGACUUAAUUGUUACUGCUGCGCAUUGCUUAAUGGGAUCAAACCCCUUAGAUUACCAAAUCAGAGUAGGUUCUUCGUUCAACGACAAUGGUGGGGAAAUUCAUUCAGUUCGAGAAUUCAUCAGACAUCCAGGUUUCAACUAUAUGGGAAUGGACAACGAUGUAGCUAUUUUAUAUUUAAUAGCACCAAUGAAGUUUAGUAAGGAAGUAGCUCCUAUUGAUAUGAUGGAGAAACAUGAAGAAAUCAAAGAUGGUGAACACACUAUUAUUACCGGAUGGGGAAAUACGAGGGAAGGAGGCGGUAUUCCACAAAUACUACAAAAAGUCUUAGUACCCAAAAUAAGCGAAGAGGUUUGCAGAGAUGCUUACGAACCUUCCUACAGCAUCACACCUAAUAUGCUUUGUGCUGGCGAAGUAUCUGGAGGAAAGGAUGCUUGUCAGGGUGACAGCGGCGGCCCUCUCGUUUACAAUAAUAAACUAGCAGGUGUAGUAUCGUGGGGCCUCGGCUGCGCAAGACCGGAAUACCCAGGAGUGUACGCCAAAGUGUCUGCUCUUCGUGACUGGAUAGAUGAGAAUAUUGCCUUCUUAAAACUUAAACACGUAUUAAGAGCAUUUUAAAAAUGACAAAAUAUAGAUUAAGCGUUUUAUUGUUUUGAGAUUAACGUUAUGUGAUGUUCAACUUCGAAUAAUUUUGAAUUGUAACUUUUUGUAUUUUUGAUAUUAAAGC